UUCUGGCGCCGGCAGCAGCAGCGGACCGUGACGCCGCCCGGGUCCCCACCAUGGAUGCCCUCACAAAAGCAAAUGGCACCUUCGCCUUAAACCUCUUGAAAACCCUGGGUGAAGACAGCUCCAAGAAUGUGUUUUUCUCACCCAUGAGCAUCUCCUCCGCCCUGGCGAUGGUCUCCAUGGGGGCAAAGGGCAACACGGCUGCCCAGAUGGCCCAGGCACUUUGUUUAACCAACAGCAGCGGAGGUGGAGAUGUCCACCAGGGCUUCCAGGCACUUCUCGCCGAAGUGAACAAGACUGGCACUCAGUACUUGCUGAGAACGGCCAACAAGCUCUUUGGGGAAAAGUCUUGUGACUUCCUCUCAUCUUUUAAAGAUUCCUGCCACAAAUUCUACCAAGCAGAGAUGGGAGAGCUCGACUUUAUCAAUGCUACAGAGGAGUCUAGAAAACAUAUAAACACCUGGGUGGCGGAAAAGACAGAAGGUAAAAUUGCAGAGCUCCUGUCCCCAGAUUCCGUGAAUUCAUUGACUAAUCUGAUUCUCGUGAAUGCCAUCUACUUCAAAGGAAACUGGGAUAAACAGUUUAACAAAGAGCAGACCAAGGAGAGGCCAUUUAAAGUCAGCAAGAGCGAGAGGAAACCCGUGCAAAUGAUGUUUCAGAAAUCUACUUUUAGCAUCACCUAUGUAGGAGAAAUAUUCACCCAAAUUCUGGUGCUUCCCUAUGUGGGCAAGGAGCUGAAUAUGGUCAUCAUGCUCCCGGACGAGAACAGCGACCUGAUGACGGUGGAAAAAGAAAUCACUUACGAGAAGUUCGUGGAGUGGACGAGGCCAGACGUGAUGGACGAGGAGGAGGUGGAAGUGUUCCUCCCCAGGUUCAAGCUGGAGGAGAACUACGACAUGGAGGAUGUCCUCCGCAGCCUGGGUGUGACCGACGCCUUCGAGCAGGCCAGGGCGGACUUUUCCGGAAUGUCAUCCAAGAGAGAUCUGUUUCUGUCCAAGGUCGUGCACAAGUCCUUCGUGGAGGUCAACGAGGAGGGCACAGAGGCUGCGGCUGCCACGGCCGCCGUCAUGAUGUUGCGGUGCGCCAGAAUCACCCCCAGGUUCUGUGCCGACCGCCCCUUCCUCUUCUUCAUCCAGCACAGGGGGACCCGCGGGAUCCUGUUCUGUGGCCGCUUCUCCUCCCCGUGAGCACGUGGCCGGCGCGCGUGCAGCCCUGCCCUCUCUCCUGCUGACCCGCUUCCCUCUGACACUCCACACUACGCCUGUGUCCCAAGUGACCUUAUCUGUGCAGCACUGACAGCUCGGAAAUAAAGGGCCUCAU